AGUUUCCCCUCUAACUGUCAUCCCGAGUAUCAGAUCAGGUGGUCGUAAAAAUUCGCUCCGAAACGGUUUUCAACGGCCUGUAACGGCUGCGAUCGUGUUUCGUCGCAUUCUGUCACGUUUCGUCCCUCGAUCAGUUCGGGUCGGUCUUGUAUAAUCUCGGAGGAGGCCCCAGACAGUCCUAGAUUCACGAUAGGAGGACUAGACGGCGUGACACCGGGAUAUCGCGACGACAGGAUGCGGCCGGACUCGCGCAGCGUGUCGUUCACGUUUCACCGGGAGGUGCUCGCUGUGCGAAACUCGCCGGAGAUGGUGAGGCCCUCGCGGAACCUUCGCCAGCGUUUGCAGGAUCGAUUCGAGAAGACCGGUGACGGCGUGAAGGAAAAAUCGCCGAAGACGAAAGAAGCGGCCGACCGGACCUGGAACAACAUCAGCCUCGGCAACGUGUCCGCGGAUUCGAGACGAGCUUUACGAAACGGCGCCGAGAAAUUGUCCAGGACAAUAUCCUCCGUGCGCACAACCUUCGGCACGAUAUCUCAGAAAUUCAGAAGUUCCACGCGCAGACGUCAGAGACUGGAGGAACAGCAGUCACCGUGCAACAUGCAGACGCCUCAGACUCGUUCCCGCCAACUCUUAGGUCGCACGCCGACGAAAUUGUACAGUCCCUUUGGCAUCGAGUCGCCGAGACACGCCUGGGAUAAAGAAAACGACACCAGCACGCCGAUACGCGCCUCGUCACCGGAAUGCAAUACACGCUACAUAAACUGCAGACCGUUUCGUUUCGCAAAGGCCAAAGGAUUCUCCGUGUUGAGAUAAAAGGGGCAGGAGGGGCCUCCUCCUCGAAAAAUACUCCACGUCGAUCUCUUUUUACUUCCUAACGAACGCAGUCGGGAUUGCGUGCCUUGUGCAACAACAUUUAUAUAACGAAUAUAAUUUAUUUAUGUUUCAUCGCAUGAGACUCGCCGCGUAAACGAGGCAAGAUUUUUUUUUAUACACGCACAAGUAUAGCAUUUAUAUAGAUAUGCUAGCAUAUCUUUCAUAUUCAUUCCAUCGCUUACUUCGUAUAUAUAUAUAUAUAUUGUGGAAGAUUCUAUUUCUACUUUUUUAUAUGUAUUUAUAUAUCUAUACACAUCCCGCGCAAUAAUAUAUGCGAGAUACGGCAGGGCGGACACUUGUAUUCGACUGAUCAGAGAAAUCAAAACGAUAUCUAAGAAUCUCAAAAUUGUUCGUGCGAAAAUAUCGGAGAGAUACAUACGAGACUUUGAAAGAUUUUUAUUCUCUUUGAUAUGCACACAAGAAGUAAUUUCUUGGACAAUUUCUUUUUAUAAUACUCGGAAAAAUGUGUUUUAAAUUUGUUAUACCGUAAACUGAGAAUACUUUGCAAAAUUGUAUUAUUAUAUUGUGUGUCAGUUACUCGUCUGAACGGAUAGAUAUAAAUGUCUUCUGUCCGCGCAAGAUAAAAACGCACAAAUCUUUUAUUAGUGUUAUAUCUCUGCUAGAGGAAUUAUAUCUCGUUUAUUAAUUUAUCCUUUCCGACAAAAUCAUCAUGUAAAGUAUUCUCAGUUUAUAUUUUAUUGAGAUAUAUAUAUAUAUAUA